UGUUUUCUCUGCUGACCAACCUCCACCGCCAUUGCAGGUCCAGGGAGUCGGUGUAGUGACAGUCGUUAGCCGGGGAAGACCGCAAGUAAACAGUUAAGGGAAGGAAUAAAAAACAAAUAAAGUACAGUCACACCGACAGCGCGUUUUAAAUAAGGCGUAGAAUUCGCUUACAAUUGGACUUUAGACUAGAGACUUCCUGGCUGUCCGGCUAGGAUCUGAGAGAAGCAGCCGUAGUUUGUUAGCAUUAGACGAGACCGGAGGAGAGUGAGAGAGGAACCGCCAUGGCUCAGAUCCUGCCUAUUCGCUUUCAGGAGCACCUGCAGCUCCAAAACUUAGGGAUCAAUCCGGCCAAUAUAGGCUUCAGCACCCUAACCAUGGAGUCUGAUAAGUUCAUCUGUGUGCGUGAGAAGGUGGGUGAGCAGACUCAGGUGGUGAUCAUCGACUUGGCCGACCCCAACACACCUAUCCGCAGGCCCAUCUCAGCUGACAGCGCCAUCAUGAAUCCAGCCAGCAAGGUCAUUGCACUUAAAGACGCUGCCAAAACUCUUCAGAUCUUUAACAUUGAGAUGAAGAGCAAGAUGAAGGCGCACACCAUGACCGACGAUGUUACCUUUUGGAAGUGGAUCUCUCUUAACACAGUUGCACUUGUGACUGACAAUGCCGUCUACCAUUGGAGCAUGGAGGGUGACUCACAGCCCGUGAAAGUCUUUGACCGGCACUCUAGCCUGGCAGGCUGCCAGAUCAUCAACUACCGCACUGAUGCCAAGCAGAAGUGGCUCCUGCUCAUCGGCAUCUCAGCUCAGCAAAAUCGAGUGGUGGGAGCCAUGCAGCUGUACUCUGUUGAGAGAAAAGUUUCUCAGCCCAUUGAAGGCCAUGCUGCCAGCUUCGCCCAGUUUAAGAUAGAAGGGAAUGCAGAAGAGUCAACUCUGUUCUGCUUUGCUGUCAGAGGCCAGGCUGGAGGGAAGUUGCACAUCAUUGAAGUGGGAACCCCACCAACUGGUAACCAGCCAUUUCCUAAGAAAGCAGUGGAUGUCUUCUUCCCUCCAGAAGCCCAGAAUGACUUCCCUGUAGCCAUGCAGAUAAGCUCAAAGCACAAUGUGGUUUUCCUGAUUACCAAAUAUGGCUACAUCCAUCUCUAUGACUUGGAGACUGGCACCUGCAUCUACAUGAACCGCAUCAGUGGAGAGACCAUCUUUGUCACCGCUCCACAUGAGGCCACCUCAGGCAUCAUUGGGGUCAACAGGAAGGGGCAGGUUCUGUCUGUCUGUGUGGAAGAGGAAAACAUCAUUCCCUACAUCACCAACGUGCUGCAGAAUCCAGAUCUGGCUCUCCGCUUAGCUGUCCGCAACAACCUCACGGGAGCCGAAGAGCUGUUUGCACGCAAGUUCAACAACCUGUUUGCUGCUGGCAACUACUCCGAGGCCGCCAAGGUUGCUGCUAAUGCACCAAAGGGCAUCCUGCGCACUCCAGAUACCAUCCGUCGUUUCCAGAGUGUUCCCACUCAGCCUGGCCAAACCUCCCCCUUGCUGCAGUACUUUGGUAUCCUGUUAGACCAGGGUCAGCUCAAUAAGUUUGAGUCCCUGGAGCUUUGCAGGCCUGUCCUCCAGCAGGGGCGAAAGCAGCUUUUGGAAAAGUGGUUGAAGGAAGACAAGUUGGAGUGUUCUGAAGAACUGGGUGACUUGGUGAAGGCGGUGGAUCCUACCUUGGCUCUCAGUGUGUACCUGAGGGCCAACGUUCCCAACAAGGUCAUUCAGUGCUUUGCAGAGACUGGUCAGUUUCCUAAGAUUGUCCUGUACGCCAAAAAGGUCGGCUACACACCAGACUGGAUCUUUCUGCUCAGGAAUGUGAUGCGGAUCAAUCCAGAACAGGGCCUGCAGUUCGCACAGAUGCUAGUCCAAGAUGAAGAGCCACUGGCUGACAUUACACAGAUUGUGGAUGUGUUUAUGGAGUACAACCUGAUUCAGCAGUGCACAUCAUUCCUUCUGGAUGCCCUGAAAAACAACAGACCCUCAGAAGGACCUCUCCAGACUCGCCUGCUGGAGAUGAACCUCAUGCAUGCACCACAGGUUGCUGAUGCAAUCCUGGGCAACCAGAUGUUCACCAACUAUGAUCGUGCCCACAUUGCCCAGCUGUGUGAGAAAGCUGGACUCCUGCAAAGAGCACUCGAGCACUACACUGACCUGUAUGACAUCAAGCGUGCUGUGGUGCACACACACCUGCUCAACCCAGAGUGGUUGGUGAACUACUUUGGCUCAUUGUCAGUGGAAGAUUCUCUGGAGUGCCUCAGGGCCAUGCUCUCAGCUAACAUCCGCCAGAACCUGCAGAUCUGCGUCCAGGUGGCGUCCAAGUACCAUGAACAGCUCACCACACAGGCUCUCACUGAACUCUUUGAGUCCUUCAAGAGCUUUGAAGGUUUGUUCUAUUUCCUGGGCUCUAUUGUAAACUUCAGUCAGGAUCCUGAAGUUCACUUCAAAUACAUCCAAGCUGCCUGCAAGACGGGCCAGAUCAAAGAGGUGGAAAGGAUCUGCAGAGAGAGCAACUGCUACGAUCCUGAGCGUGUCAAGAACUUCCUCAAGGAAGCCAAACUAACUGACCAGCUCCCACUCAUCAUCGUCUGUGACCGUUUCGACUUUGUCCACGACCUGGUCCUCUACCUGUACCGCAACAACCUGCAGAAAUACAUUGAGAUCUAUGUUCAGAAGGUAAAUCCGAGCCGUCUGCCUGUGGUGGUUGGUGGCCUCUUAGAUGUGGACUGCUCUGAGGAUGUCAUCAAGAGUCUGAUCCUGGUUGUCAGAGGACAGUUUUCCACGGAUGAACUGGUCGCUGAGGUGGAAAAGAGGAACAGGCUGAAGCUGCUCCUGCCCUGGCUCGAGUCUCGUAUCCAUGAAGGCUGUGAAGAGCCAGCAACCCACAAUGCUCUGGCCAAGAUCUACAUUGACAGCAACAACAACCCUGAACGCUUCCUGAGGGAAAACCCUUACUAUGACAGCCGUGUGGUGGGAAAGUACUGUGAGAAGAGAGACCCCCAUUUGGCAUGUGUAGCUUAUGAGAGAGGACAGUGUGACCAGGAGCUGAUCAAUGUCUGCAAUGAGAACUCCCUCUUCAAAAGCUUGUCUCGCUACCUUGUACGACGCAGAGACCCUGACCUGUGGGCCAGCGUACUGCUGGAGACCAAUCCCUACAGGCGACCACUUAUUGAUCAGGUGGUGCAGACAGCACUGUCAGAAACCCAGGACCCAGAGGAGGUUUCGGUCACAGUCAAGGCUUUCAUGACUGCUGACUUGCCCAACGAGCUCAUUGAGCUGCUGGAGAAGAUUGUGUUGGAUAACUCAGUCUUCAGUGAACACAGAAAUCUGCAGAACCUGUUGAUCUUGACGGCCAUCAAGGCUGACCGUACUCGAGUGAUGGAAUAUAUCAGCAGGCUAGAUAACUAUGAUGCCCCUGACAUCGCAAACAUUGCCAUCAGUAAUGAGCUCUUUGAGGAGGCCUUUGCCAUCUUUAAAAAGUUUGAUGUCAACACCUCUGCUGUGCAGGUGCUGAUCGAGCAUAUUGGCAACUUGGACCGAGCCUAUGAGUUUGCAGAGCGCUGCAAUGAGCCCGCUGUGUGGAGCCAGCUGGCCAAGGCUCAGCUGCAGAAGGGCCUUGUUAAGGAAGCCAUUGAUUCCUACAUCAAGGCUGACGACCCCUCUGCAUACAUGGAGGUGGUACAGGCUGCUGAUACGAGUGGUAACUGGGAGGACUUGGUCAAAUUCCUGCAGAUGGCUCGUAAGAAGGCCCGCGAAUCCUACGUAGAGACCGAGCUGAUCUUUGCUUUGGCCAAAACCAACCGCCUUGCUGAACUUGAGGAGUUCAUCAAUGGGCCCAAUAAUGCUCACAUCCAACAGGUUGGUGACCGCUGCUAUGAUGAGAAAAUGUAUGAGGCCGCUAAACUGUUGUACAACAACGUUUCCAACUUUGGUCGUCUGGCUUCAACCCUGGUGCACCUCGGAGAGUACCAGGCUGCUGUGGACGGCGCCCGUAAGGCCAACAGCACCCGCACCUGGAAAGAGGUGUGCUUCGCCUGUGUGGAUGGACAGGAGUUCAGACUGGCGCAGAUGUGUGGUCUCCAUAUCGUAGUGCACGCCGAUGAGCUGGAGGAGCUGAUUAACUACUACCAAGACCGUGGUUACUUUGAGGAGUUGAUUACCAUGCUGGAGGCCGCCCUGGGCCUGGAGCGUGCUCACAUGGGGAUGUUCACAGAGCUGGCCAUUCUCUAUUCCAAGUUCAAGCCCCAGAAGAUGAGGGAGCAUCUGGAGCUCUUCUGGUCAAGAGUUAACAUCCCAAAGGUCCUGAGAGCAGCAGAGCAGGCUCACCUGUGGGCCGAACUUGUCUUCCUGUAUGACAAAUACGAGGAGUACGACAACGCCAUCAUCACCAUGAUGAACCACCCGACAGAUGCCUGGAAGGAGGGCCAGUUCAAAGACAUCAUCACCAAGGUGGCCAACGUGGAGCUGUAUUACAAAGCCAUCCAGUUCUAUCUGGAGUUCAAACCAUUGUUACUGAACGAUUUGCUUAUAGUGCUUUCCCCCAGACUGGACCACUCACGCGCCGUCAACUUCUUCACCAAGGUGAAACAGCUGCCUCUGGUCAAACCGUACCUACGGUCAGUACAGAACCACAACAACAAAUCGGUCAACGAAGCACUUAACAACCUCUUCAUCACAGAGGAGGACUAUCAGGCACUGAGAACAUCAAUAGAUGCCUACGAUAACUUUGACAACAUCUCACUGGCCCAGCGCUUGGAGAAGCACGAGCUGAUUGAGUUCAGGAGAAUCGCUGCCUACCUGUUUAAGGGCAACAACCGCUGGAAACAGAGCGUAGAGCUCUGCAAGAAGGACAAGCUUUAUAAGGAUGCCAUGCAGUAUGCUUCAGAAUCCAAAGACACAGAGCUGGCAGAGGAGCUGCUGUCCUGGUUCCUGCAGGAGAACAAGAAGGAGUGUUUUGCCGCCUGCCUGUUCACUUGCUACGAUCUGCUACGACCUGAUGUGGUGCUGGAGACCUCCUGGAGGCACAACAUCAUGGACUUUUCUAUGCCGUACUUCAUUCAGGUCAUGAGGGAGUACCUCAGCAAGGUAGAUAAACUUGAAACCUCAGAGUCUGUAAGGAAAGAGGAGGAGCAGGCAACAGAGACGCAACCCAUCGUCUACGGAACACCCCAGCUGAUGCUGACAGCAGGCCCAAGCGUCCCUGUGGCCCCUCAGCAAGCGUAUGGCUACGGCUACCAGGCGCCCGCAGGAUACGGUCAACCAGCAGCUCAGCCAGGCUUCGGCUAUGGCAUGUAAAGACCCCAGCUCCUUAUCUCCACUUACAGGGUGGAGCUUCCAUCCAUCCAUCCCCCACAGUCCUUCACCACACCAUUACCCUCUCGCUCUGCCUUCAACAGGGAGAGGAGAACAGCAACAAACUCGUCUUCAUCUUUCUUUUGUUUUUAAACCUUUCUUUACCCCCCUUAAACUGCCAUGAAGGACUCAGUUUUUGUUCUGUUGUCAAACGAAAGGUUUGAAUCACAGAUUUAAUUUCCUCACAUUCCGUAUUGACUACAUUAAUUUUUCUUAUGUUUAUUUUAUUUGAAUGGGAAAUGGUUUAUGUACAAUGGGAGGGUUGGUUUGUGGGAAGAGCUGGUCUUCUCCAAAACAAGAAAAAAAAAAAACCACACAAACACACAAAGGUCUGUUGUGAAGCAUCUGGUUUGCACUCUGUAGUGAGAAGAAAUAAUGUAGAGCCUCUUCCUUUUGAUGUGCGUGAGCAGCUUCUUCUUUCAGACUGUAAAAUGCAUUUAAUUAUUGUAUAUUCAGACACAUGGCCGCUGCUUCCGUCCCCACAAUCCUGAAACACUACGCUGUCCCAUUAAUGCCCCAAACUCAAACUUCAGGGCUGGUUUGAUGAAGAAAAUCCCAGAAGAGUAUUUUACGUACAAUUUACAGGAAAGUUUGGUUCUUUCCAGCAAAGCCUAUGCAGAAAAACAUUUACUUCCAGAUGACAUGUCUAUGUGCUUUACACACGGCUUUAAUGUGGGACGAUUCCACCUUAGGAGGGGCUGCAGACCUGUUUGUGCUCGACUAACAACCUGUUUGAUUAGAUUGAAUGUUAAGUUGAACUCCUCUAAAUCAGAAACAAUAUCACAACACUUGUGGGAUUGUGAAGGUUUUUUUUCUUAAGGCUUGUGUGUGUGUGUAUACAGGAAAUCAAUCAUUAACUCUUUGAACUUAUAUUCUUAUCUCAUUACCUUAGAUUUAAAUUGUGCACUUAAGAUACUUGAUUGUGCAUAAUCAGGAUCAUAAUGAAUGAAACAGCGGUUUUGUUUUCCACUUAAAAAAUAAAAUAAAGGCUUCUUGUUUGUCAA